CUUCUUGGACAACCUCGUGUACAUCAUGGCGUCCAACACCUUCGACCCCGAACAUGUCAAUCUGUUGACUGCAGAUCCGGCUCGAGUCGUUUGUGCUCUGAACGCUUCCGGCAACGAAUACGACGGCAAACUGGGUGCCAGAGUCUCGUCGAUCUUCGUGAUCUGGAUCAUCUCGACUCUCGUCACAGUGUUUCCCGUUGCCGCGAAGCGCGUCAAGCGACUCANNAAGUGCGUUGUCCUGCAGCUGCGAAUCACCACCACGCUGACCCAUAUUCCUCUCCAUGUGUAUCUGUUUGCACGAUUCUUUGGUGCUGGUGUCAUCGUCGCAACGGCAUUCAUCCAUCUUCUCGACCCUGCUUACGGAGAGAUCGGGCCCAACACAUGCGUUGGUAUGACUGGCGGUUGGGCCCAGUACUCCUGGGUACCGGCCAUAGCUCUGACAGCAGUCGCUGUCAUCUUUNUGAUAGAUCUCAUCGCAGAGAGAUAUGUUGAGAUGAAGUAUGGUGUUCAGCACCAACACGUUUCAUUGCAAGAUGCGGUCACAGGUCGCGCUAAUUCUCGAGCGCCACAUCCAGAAGAGACCUACCAUGAGAAAGAUGUCGAACAGAGCACAAUGGACAUUACGGAUAUUGAGGAACACCAAUUCCGUACACAAUUUGCCGCCUUCUUGAUCCUUGAAUUCGGUGUCAUCUUCCAUUCGGCUGUCUACAUCACUGCCCAUGCUGACAAAAUCCAAGNNGUCGUCAUUGGUCUCAACCUGGGCGUGGCGGGAGAAGAGUUCUCGACCCUCUACGUUGUCCUUGUCUUUCAUCAAUCAUUCGAGGGCUUGGGCAUCGGUGCCAGACUCUCCGACAUACCCUUUCCAGCACGUCUGCGUGGAUGGCUUCCUUGGCUUCUCUGUAUCGCAUACGGUCUCGCUACUCCAAUCUGCAUUGCCAUUGGUCUUGGUCUACGCACAUCCUACAACCCCAACUCGUUCACGGCCAACGUUGUCAGCGGUAUUCUUGACUCUAUUAGUGCAGGUAUCUUGAUCUACACUGGUCUUGUUGAUCUACUGGCCAGAGACUUCAUAUUCGACCCUGCUAGAACGAAGGACAACAAGCGUCUUACCUUCAUGGUUGUUUCGUUCCUGCUUGGUGCUGGUAUUAUGGCUUUGCUUGGCAAGUGGGCA